AUGUAUUCUAAGCUAGCCUUCAAAACUGUACUUCUAAAAUGUAUCAUACAUCAUUCACUGACUAUUAAUUUUUUUCUCAAACAGGAUCCAGUACUUUUUUCUGGUACGCUUCGUUUCAAUAUGGAUCCCUUUAGCAUGCAUUCCGAUGAAGAAUUGUGGAAGGUUCUCGAGAUGGCAAACCUCAAAUCGUUCAUUAAGGAAAAUGGCAAUCAACUUGGUCUCCAAAUGCCCAUCUUUGAGGGUGGUGGAAAUCUCAGCAUUGGCCAGCGCCAGCUGGUAUGUCUUGCUCGAGCUCUGCUCCGGCGGACUCAGAUUAUUGUUCUUGACGAAGCCACCGCUUCCGUUGACCUGGUGACAGAUGCUUUGAUCCAGGAAACAAUUCGUCGGGAGUUCUGUGGACACACAGUGCUGACUGUGGCUCAUCGGCUCAAUACCAUUCUUGAUUAUGACAAGUGA